AUGUGUUUUCGAUCCCUAGAGUCUCGCAGAACUGGUGAGCUAGCCAAAUUCACCGACGAAACGGAAUGGCCGCCAUCACCGUACACGCUCACCGUGUUCCCCUCGACAACACGGAGGUGGGAGGAGAUGUCUUUUGUUCGAGAAGAAGGAGAAGCGGCUACACGGACUACCAUAGCUGACAUCAACUUCUCUCCUCGGAAGCACCGCUACGCCGUCUACUGGCGGGAUGUGCUUUAUGUGCAUUCCCAAGACGAUUCCAUUAUACGCAUAACCUUGUCCACCCAUAAGUACCAAGUGAUUCCAUCUCCAAUAGGACGUCAAGUGACAUAUCUAGAAUCUCUCUACUUGGGGAAAUCCAUCAACGGCGUCUACUGUGCACUAAUCUUUAAUUUGGAGGAACGGCUACGGAUUUGGCUACUUAAUGAUGAUGAGGUACGCGGUCAAACAAAAUGGGUGCUCAAGAAUGACGUGAGCAUUCAACCACUCGUGGGAAUAACACAUCAACACUUUGGCCUUCAAAACAAUGGACUUUGGACUUUGCAAAACACUGCCUACGAACCAAUGGCGGAGCAGAAAUUUGAAUGGGAUCCUGACAGCGGCGUUACCCUUGAAGCUGAGGCUAAGGCUCCAACAGAUCACUUUCAUGAUGAUAUUCGUACCCUAGGAUUUCAUCCUUACAAGGAUAUUCUCUUCUUAUGGACAAAUUGCAAAAGAGUAGUAGCUUACCAUUUGAACAGUUCCAAGGCUCAAGACGUGGGAAAGUUACCCGUACCAUCGAUAGAAACGUCUUUUGUAUACACACCCUUGUUGGAUGGGGAAAUAUUAGGAAAAUAG